AUGAGCUCGUUUGGUGCGAGACGAAAGGCAAAGGUCAUCAGAGUCGACUACGAUGACGACGAGAGCAGCGGAGACGCGCCGCCUGCGACAGAAGGCGGAAGCCUCAAAGAUGACGGCGCGAAGCCCGUGUUUUCAUCGAAAGUAAAUCGGAAGCCGUUGCGACAAUCUGGGCUGCGCAAUGCCUUGAAUGCACGAGACGAGGAGACGUCGGGCGACAGAGACGAGGCCUCGCAGGCCAACGACGAGGACGACGACGGUCCGGUGGUUGUCCGACCGAGUAACAAUCGGGCGGGCGCAUCAAAGCAGAAGAAGAAGAUUGCAAGAUCAAAAGUGUCGUUUGGCGACGACGCGGGCCAAGAUGACGAGGAGCUGAGCAGCGAUCUUACCACGCCAAAGAAGCCGGCAAUGGGACAGAAAGUGCUCGAAACCAACAGUGUCAAGCGAGGCAUGGCCGCUAGAAAACUGCCGCUGCCGGUUCGAUCAUACCAGGACGAUGACGACAGACCACGGUACAGCAAAGAGUAUCUCGACGAGCUGAAAUCAUCAACGCCGAAUACCCCGAGCGACCUUUCCUCUCUCAAGGCGAAUCUCGAUGACGAAAUGGAGCUCGAUCCCUCAGAACUAGAAGGCGCCUUGAUAGUAGAAUCCCCGAUACCAACCUCCAUCAACCAGCCGCAGACCACUCAGAUCCUUACCGAAGCCGAGAUUCGCGAGAGAAAAGAGCGGAGAGCUCGGUUAGCAAAGGAAAAGGACUUUCUCUCCAUGGAGGAUGAGGACGAUGGCUUAUCGAUUCGGAAGAAGAAAGAUGAGACCCGACUGGUUGCGGAAGACGAGGAUUUGGGAGAGGGCUUUGAUGAGUACGUCGAGGAUGGAGGGCUGUCACUCGGCAAACGCGCGGAAAAGGAGCGGCGAAAGCAGGAUCGUCAGAAGAUGGCCGAGCUCAUCAACGCAGCCGAAGGCCAUACCUCGGACUCUUCGUCAGAUAGCGAUGCCGAGCGACGAAUCGCGUACGAAACGGCGCAGACGCGCGCGGGACUGGACGGGCUUAAGAAGCCGAAAAAGGACCCCAACGAGCUGCUGCUACAAGUGCCUCCAAAGAUUACGCCAUUACCGAGUCUCGCGGAAUGCUUGGUGCAGCUGCAGGCGACGCUGAAGACGAUGGAGAUGAACAUUACUACCAAGGCGGCGACGGUGGCGCAGCUCACGCGCGAGAGAGACGACAUUAUCCAGAGGGAAGCCGAAGUGCAGGCGUUUUUGAACGAGACAGGCAAAAAGUACGAGGAGGCCCUGGGGCGGAAGCCCGGUUCUACUGAUGGAGUUGCUGGUGCGUUGGCUGGCGAAAGGGGGCUGGAGAGCUUGGGUGCGACGCCAGUGAAUGAAGUCCAGAUGGAGGACCUGGCGUGAUAACGACGGUUGAUGAUUUAACCUAUUUCUUUUUCACAUGUACAAGUAUAUAGCGGGUUAUUUGGGAAGCUGUCGUUACGCAGCGACUGCACAAUAGAUCAAUUGGGCAAACUAAUGGCGAUUGUCACAAAUAUACAUUUUAAUUCUG